GCUGCAGAAUGAAGUAGCGCAACAAACACCAGAGUGACUCCACCGCUCAGCAGCACCGCGCGAUGGUGCGCCUCAAGUCCGCGUCUCGCCACUCAACAGCGUUUCAACACACAAUCAAACUUGGGCACUUUUGAACCAAGUCCGGUCAAGCAUUGAGUCAAACUAAGCAAAAUGGACAACAAACUAUGUCCAGGAGAGUAAUUCAACUACGCAACGACGGAGCUCAUGGUGAUCUCCACAGGACGGACCAAACACGCGCCACGCACGCUCACAUCCGCUGUUGAGGAGACUUAUUGCGAGUGGAUCCCCAGUCGUUCCUGGCCAGCAGCGACGAGCGAACCGGAUCCCGCAGAUCAAUGAAGGAUGCGCGAGCGCACGCACAGUCGAUGAAGCCGGCUGCGGGAUCAUGCGUGUUCUGCCCGAGCCGAGCGCGCAGUCACUGCGGCUGGUCUUCCUCCUCGUCUUCGUAAUGGAUGUAGCCCCGUCCCCGGCUCUGACCGCCGGCUGCCCGGACCGCUGCGUGUGCGACGACCAGCUCGUGGUCCAGUGCGCCGGGCAACAGUUAAGCGACUUUCCUGUAGACCUCCCGCUGGCCACCCGGCAGCUGAUCAUCUCCAAUAACCGGAUCGGCGACCUGCCGGCGCUGCAGCUCAACUACCUGUCGGACCUGGUCUACCUGGACUGCAGCAACAACUCGCUGACGGAGAUCUCCGAGUCGACUUUUGGGAACCUGCGCAAGCUCGCCUACCUGGAUCUGUCUUUCAACAGCCUGGCGCAGAUCGAAGACCGGACGUUUGGGCCGCUGGCCAGCCUGGUGAUGCUGAGGAUGACGGAUAACCCAGGGCUGUCGGAGAUCCACCCGGACGCGUUCGCGGAGAACGCGGCGCUGCAGGUGCUGGACGUGAGCCGCAACAACCUGACGGCGCUCAACAUCAGCUCGCUGAUCGCGCUGCCGGCGCUGCGCUCUCUGGGGCUCAGCGGGAACCCCUGGAGGUGCGACUGCGACACAGAGGACCUGUGCCUCUGGAUCCAGAUUGAGGGCUUCAAGUUUCAAGAUGAGGGCCAGACGGUGUGCCAGGGGCCUCCAGACAUGCUAGGACAGCGUCUAGCAGAGGUGGGCAUGCAGCUGCGGUCUGAGUGCCACCAAGGCCUGGGCUACUGGGACUACCUGUUCUUCAUUGCAAUCGGCUUCGUCAUUUUCAGUGCCGGGACAGUGUCGGCUUGGGUCAUGGGCGUCCUCAUGGUCUUGUACGAGCGGUACAGCAAGAGGAAGAGCGAGGAGCUGGACAGCGACGAUGAGGAGGAAACGGUCACCCGAGGGCCUGGAGGCGGUGGAGGGAAUCACGGGAAUGGGGAUCUGAACAAACCAGGCAUGCAGGUGUGACCAGACGACAGAGGGAUGCUGGGAAAUCUCUGACGAGCAGACGGCGCUGUGGACACAGUCAAAAAGGAGUUUUCUUUUCUAAAAAGAGGUUUUAAGUGCACUUUUAUAGAAUGUGUCAACAUUAGUUUUAGAUUAAGAGAAGGGCAGGACAGGCAGAUUCGGCUCACUUCUGUUGUCAUAGCUGGACACAGACAGAGAAAGAUACCGUGUUCAGUGAAAUGUGUGCGUUUCUGACAGAUCUAGAGGUUAGUCUUGGAUAAAUUCAUAGAAGUAAUGCUCACGCACACAACGCUCUCCCCCAGUGUUAGUAAUGUAAUUGGGGCAGGGUGACAGCACUGUGUUUCACACUUAAUAGAGAGCCGUGAGACGAGAAAAAGAUAGAUAGGUAGAGAGGCUAAUCCGGUAACCUAUCUCAGCUUUUAUUUGCAAAGAGAGGAGUAUAUAUGGAAGAUAUACAAGGCAGUCUCUCCAGACUCAUGCAGUGUGAAAUGAACAAACGGAAGAUGGAAGACUCUUCUGAACUGUCUGCACAACUCCAUGGAAGGCUGGAAAUGCUUUUUUAAGGGGUCACAGACUGAGUGACUGCUCAAAUGAUGGAUUGAAAACAUUAUAUUACAGAGCUUAACAAUAGAGAUUGUUCACUGUUCAACAAGAAGGCCAGUAGAUUUCUUGCUCCUCGGCAAUGAGUAAAAACUGUAAAUUUAAUACUCGCAUACACACUAACAUUUUACUGUUGUGGUCAACGAUUACUUAUGUAAGGGUUUAAUACUUUGGUUAGUUAGCAAAGGUAACAGUAUAUACAGUUAAAGUCAGAAUUAUUAGCCCCCCUGUUUAUUUUU